AUGUCAGAAUUUCAAAUUUAUUCAACUGAAUGGAAUCUUAAAUUACAAAAAGAACUUAAUGAGCCAUCAGAUCCACAGUUAGCAAUUGAUGAAUUACGUACAUUAAUUAAAGGUGAAAUUUUUUUGAAAUCAAGAAUGGAUGAUACAUUUAUGCUAAAAUUCUUAAGAGCAAGAAAAUUUCAAGUUAAUAAAGCAUUUAAAUUGAUACAAAAUUAUUAUGAAGCUAAGGAAAAGAACCCAAAAUUAUUCAACUUAAUUUUUCCAUCAAAGAACAAAGUGUUUUUGGAAAGCGGAGCAGUUUUUAUGUUACCMCAUAGAGAUCAGCACGGACGUGAAAUAUAUGUUUUUAGAAUGGAAAAGGUUUUAUCUGAGAUGACCAUAGAAGAUGUUUUUAAGAUAAACUUGAUGAUUUUGGAAGUUGUUUCUGAACACCCAGAAACUCAGCUUGCUGGUAUGAUUGUAAUUGCUGAUUUUACAGGAUUCAAGUGGCUGAAACAUUAUCAAUAUUUAUCACCUUACUAUGCUAAAAAGUCUGCUGAAGUUGUGCAAGAGUGUUUCCCAUUGAGAUUUCAAGGCUUUCAUUUUAUCAAUGAACCAUUAUACUUGUACUCUGUAUAUUCAAUCAUAAAACCAUUUUUGAAAGAAAAAUUACGUUGUCGGGUACAUUUUCACGGGAGUAAUUUAAAUUCUCUUCACAAGUAUGUUGCUCCUAAUAUCUUGCCAACAUAUUUUAAUGGUAAACUGGAGUUUGAUCCUUUAACUUGGGUACAACAACUCUUGAGUAAAGAACAGUAUCUUAAAGAACAAGGACAGUAUGGAUACAACAGAUGA